AUGCUGCGCACGGUCGUCGACGAAGCCUAUGUGCGUUUUAGCGGCUACAUCUUUCGGCAAGCCAAUGGUAUCCCCAUGGGCGGUAACGCUAGCUCCGACAUCGCCGAUCUCACCCUCUCAGUGCUUGAGUUCAAGUUCAGCCGGAUUCCCAGCAACCCUCCUGUCCUGCUAUGUCGAUACGUCGACGAUGUACUCGUGCUUAAUGUACGGACCCUCAUCUCCCUCUAUCACAGAAUACGGCCAACACCUGGACAUCGAAAUCACUGGUCCGGUAAUUCCGUUUACUACUUAGACAUGACCCUUUCCAUACACGAAGAAGGUUAG